GGCAAGAUUUUGGUUUGUCACAGUUGAUUCACUACAUCACACCCUUGAUGGACUACCCCAUUAAAAAGAAAGUUUUCAACUUCUUCAAGCUUUGAUCAAUACUCUUCCAAGAAAAUGGAAGUCGGGAGGCAAGAUGAGAUCCAUGACGUUUCACUAACCGCUCCAAACAUGGGUUCCAUGCACAUGGAGUUCAUGUCUCAAGCCUACCUCAGAAACAGAAGCUGCUCAGAGAUCGAUAUCGAGGUCGAAACCCCAGAAACAAAUCUAGAUCACCCCCUCCCCAUAUUCCUCAAGUUUUUUGAUGUGGUGUACAAAGUGAGAAUUAGGCAAGCUUCUUCCGAAAAUCCGGUGAAGGCAGUGGUUUCAACGGUGGCCUCACAGCUGAACAUGGAACAGGACAAUCACAAGCACAUACUCAAGGGGAUAACAGGAAGCAUUGGCCCUGGGGAAAUCCUUGCCUUGAUGGGUCCUUCUGGUAGUGGGAAAACUACUUUGCUGAAGAUACUAGGAGGAAGAUUGCAUGAAAAUGUUAGGGGAACCAUUACUUACAACGACAUUCCGUAUAGUCCUGCUCUUAAAAGGAGGAUCGGAUUUGUGACACAAGAUGAUGUGCUCUUCCCACAAUUGACAGUGGAGGAAACCCUAGUUUUUUCUGCAUUUCUAAGGCUUCCAAGCAGCAUGAGCCGACGACAAAAAUAUGAGCGAGUUGAGAUGAUUAUUAAGGAACUUGGCCUUGAAAGAUGCCGCCACACAAGAGUAGGAGGAGCAUUUGUCAAAGGGAUUUCAGGAGGAGAAAGAAAAAGGACCAGUAUUGGGUAUGAAAUUCUUGUUGAUCCUUCACUACUAUUGCUUGAUGAACCGACUUCAGGCCUUGAUUCAACCACUGCAAAUAGACUCCUUCAGAUCCUUCAGGGUCUUGCUAAGGCAGGAAGAACAAUAAUCACAACAAUCCACCAGCCGUCCAGCAGGAUGUUUCACACGUUCGACAAAGUUCUGCUGAUAUCAGAAGGCUACCCUGUGUACUAUGGUAAAGCUAGAGACUCGUUGGACUACUUCUCGUCUCUGAGAUUCAUCCCAGAUAUAGCCAUGAAUCCGGCAGAGUUCUUGUUAGAUUUAGCAACUGGACAAGUGCUUGACAUUAGGGUGCCUGAGGAUUUACGCGCAUCCCAAGGCACUGCUGAUCCCGAGAGGGCUGUAAUCAAAUAUCUACAACUCAAGUACAAAUCUUUAUUGGAGCCGAAAGAGAAGGAAGAGAAUCAUCAGAAAGCCAGGGCAUCAGAUCAACUGCGCUUCGGAAUUCAAGUUAAGAAGGAUUGGACAAUAAGUUGGUGGGAACAGUUUGUGAUUUUGUCCAAGAGAACAUUUAUAGAGAGAUGGAGAGACUACUUCGAUAAACUACGUCUAGUCCAAGCACUUGGAGUUGCACUCUUGUUAGGCCUACUUUGGUGGAAAUCAAAAUACGGAACCGAAGCUCAACUCAGAGAUCAGAUUGGUUUGAUGUUCUACAUAUGCAUUUUCUGGACAUCUUCCUCGUUGUUUGGAGCUGUGUACGUCUUCCCAUUCGAGAAGACCUAUUUGGUGAAAGAAAGGAAAGCCGAUAUGUACAGAUUAAGCGUGUAUUAUGCGUGUAGCACCUUAUGUGACAUGUUGGCUCAUGUAUUCUAUCCUUGUUUAUUUAUGGGCAUUGUUUACUUCAUGGCUGGAUUCAAGAGAACAGUCACAUGCUUCUUCAUGACCUUGUCUGCAGUUCUUCUGAUAGCUAUUACAAGCCAAGGGGCUGGAGAAAUGUUUGGUGCUGCAGUUCUUAGUAUUAAAACAGCUGGGAUGAUUGCUUCUUUGGUUUUGAUGCUGUUUCUUCUCACAGGAGGUUACUAUGUUCAGCACAUACCAAAAUUUAUGCGCUGGAUGAAGUACGUAUCCUUCAUGUACUACGGAUUUAGGCUUCUGCUGAAAGUGCAAUACUCAGGAGAUGAACUAUAUGAUUGUGAAAGCAAAGGAGGAUGCAGAAGUUUGCAGAGUUCCCCUUCAUUCGACACGGUGAACUUGAGUGGUGGACUAGAAGAAGUCUGGGUCCUACUUGCCAUGGCUCUAGGUUACCGCCUCUGUGCGUACAUUUGCCUUCGCAGAAGAAUUAACGCGUGUAAUCUCUGA